CAGACGUACAGGUGGACUGUUAUGACGUCAUGAGGAACGGUGGCUCCACAGACGGGGUUUACACGGUUCAGCCACGUGACGGUGGAGCACCAAUCAGUGUGUUUUGUGAACUGGCCUCGGUUAAUGGCGGCUGGUUGAUAAUCCAGCGACGGACCGACGGAUCACAAGAUUUUUACAAAAAGUGGAACGAAUAUAGAGACGGAUUCGGAGAUUUACAAAACGAGUUCUGGUUAGGAAACACAAACAUCCAUCGACUGACUAACCAAGGCGUGUACGAUCUCAGAGUGGACUUGGAAGACUUUGACGGUAACACCUCGUACGCCCUCUACCGGAACUUCACCAUAGCGUCAGAGGACGAGUAUUUUCGGCUCAAUGUAGGGCAGUAUACCGGGGAUGCAGGUGACGGACUUGAGUACCACAACAAUUGGCGGUUUUCCACCGUAGAUCGUAGUUUUGCCAAGGAUGGAUACAACUGCUCGGACUCUGUGCACGGUGCCUGGUGGUACUCGCAUUGCGCUGAGUCCAACCUCAACGGUCUGUACCUGAAGAACGAAAUACCUGACCCAGUGAUGGCCACGCGUGACCCACAGGGGGUCACGUGGUUAUCCUGGCCAAUGUAUUCCUACUCGCUCAAGGGCAGCGUUAUGAAGAUACGCCCGGGAUCGCCAUGAUGUCGUAAUAUCUCUAUUAGAAAUUCGUGAGAAUAAAAAUAGGCAGAGUUACGUCCCCUAACCACUUCCGGCGCGGUCCGGUAGCAGCAAGAAUGGCCGAUGACCACAAUUGUUUGUGAAUGUUCAGCUGAGAUUUAUGCAUGCCAGCCCCAGGCGUCAUAAAUGUCCCCACCCAUGCUUUAAAAAUAAAGAAUGAUAC